CAAAUAUUCAUUUAGUUGCACACUCAGUAUUUCCGUCAUCAAUCACCUGCUUUCAUCUAGAAAGCGAACAAGCAGAAGACAAUCUUUGACACACGUCUGUAAAAGAUGCGCUUCAACAUUCAACCUGAAUCAUGACAGCUUGAACUACGCCCCGGCCCUGCGCGCCCUCAUGGCGGCCCAACUUCAGGACCGGCAACAGCUUCGGCGACCUCCUCCGCAUCAUCAUGGCUGAGUGCAGCACCGCCCUGCCCGAGUAGGAUCGCGCCGACUUGGAGAUGCUCGACGUCUUUACCGAGGCCGAAGAGACGCCGCGCGGCUGUCCGCCAAGGCAAAGACGGUGGAUGAGUUGAGGACCACUUCGGACGGCGGUUGUUACCUGCAGUCGGUCUUGUUCUCCGUAUGAUUCAUUCAUCUACGGAGUAUUCUGGGGCAUUUUACGGCCGCAGAUCCGCAGGAUAGUGGGAUGGUGGGGGCUGACAUAAUGCCCAGCUUGUCAUAAUAAUGGAAAGUUGGGGUAUUUUCAAGGCUUGGGCCUUGUUGCCCCUCUAACACGGCAAUAAGAUGAGGCGCUGCCCAUGUUCUCGCCUUCUGCUUGUUCAGAAUCCCGUCUUUACUGCUGAUUCUACUCUCUUUUGUGCUAUCCGGAAGAAUCAAUGAGCUCUGUGACACUGAAUAAGAAGCCCCGUGUGGCAGUUCUGGGGGAUGUCAAAUAUGUUAGUGACGAGUACUUGGAGGGCGUCAAAGCGGAGCUGGAUGUCGAGUUUCUUCAAUCCUCCAACCGACAGCAGCUUCAAGAGGAGCUGCCUCGUCUCAUCGCCCAGUCAGGCCCAAUAGACGCCUUCAUCUCCAUCACAGAUACGCCUCCCUUCAAGCCUCUCAAUGGAGAGCUGCUUUCCGCUCUUACUCCUCACUGUCGCGUCAUUGCCUCUGCAUGGGCGGGCUACAACGAGUUUGACGUCUCAUGGAUGACCAGCCAAGGCAUCUGGUUCUGCAACACUGUCGAUGCUGUGGCUGAAGCAACGGCUGAUAUGGCCAUCUUUUUGACUCUGGCGGUGGUGAGGAACGCGUAUGUUGCGGAGAAGAGAAUCCGUGAGGGCAAGUGGUAUGACGGUAUUGUGCCAACUAGAGAUCCGACGGGAAUGACGCUGGGCAUCGUGGGCAUGGGGAGUAUUGGCCGGUAUCUGUCCGUCAAAGCGCAGACGUUCAAGAUGAAGGUCAAGUACUACAACCGGACGAGGCUCAGCUCCGAGAUUGAAGAGGCGUGCCAUGCUGAAUACUGCUCUUCGCUGGAGGAGCUGCUAUCUCAAGCAGAUGUCGUAUCGAUAAAUUGCCCUCUUACACCGGCUACGCGGAAUCUCAUUUCGCACGCCGAGUUCAAAAUGAUGAAGGACGGCGUCUUUCUCAUAAACACGGCACGAGGGCCCAUUGUCGAUGAAGAGGCCCUGAUUGAGGCAUUGGAGAGCGGAAAAGUUGAAAGGGCGGGAUUGGAUGUGUUCAAUAACGAGCCCAACAUCAAUCCGUACUUUAGGACGUGUGACAAAGUGGUUUUGCAGCCGCAUAUGGGGGGCUGGACGGAGGAGGCGAUUCGUAGGGCCGAGAAAGAGUGUUUUGAAAAUGUCUUGAGGUGGAAGAGGGAGGGGAGGCCGGCAGCACCAGUGAAUGAAGUGUGAACGAGGGAGGUCUGAGAGUGCUGAUAGGAACAGGAUGGUGAUGCCUAGAUAGGACAGUCGUACUGAGGUCAAAUACAACAUUGAAGACUCAUCAAUC